AUGUCUUCCCUUACCCUCGGUGAUGUAGCCGACCUCAGCAAACGUUUUCCUGAGCUGGGGGCGGUUGAUCCUUUGUCUUUUAUGAAGAACUGUCGCGACCUUCGCGACAAGGGCAUCAUCCCUGCGUCUGGACAUGACGACACCUCCGCGCCUUUACGCCUUCUCCCACGUCUUGCCGCCGUUCUCUCUCGGGUUAAUAAAGUCGACGCGCACCACAUAGACACUCUCUGGGAUGCGCUCAGGGACGAGAUAUGGCGCAUGCCGACCCAGCGGCAGUCCCAUCGGCGGACUGUAGCCAUGUUUGAGACGACGGGAUGGGAGAAGGGCAUAACAUACAUCUCACACUACCCACCUUCGUGGCUUUGCACGAACCCCGAGUGCGAUUACGAGCUAGAGCUUCGUGAUCACACAGCCAGUUAUUCCGUGACGUUCACAAUUGAUGACGGCGUUCAGUACUCAAAGGUGGUGAACCUCACCUGUCCAAGAUGUCGCUGCAAUUACCGCAGAAACUUUUACGCAGACGACCGGUCCAAGGCCCGGACCUACUACAAAGGCGUACCUGAUUAUAUUCAGGUUGGCGAGAAUCACUAUGUUGAGAAACGACUUGCCGAGAUAUGGACGAAUGAUAUGCUGGUGUCUCAGACUUCAGCAACUAAUCUCGCAGACCUCUAUCAUGAAACGUAUGCGGUAAAGCGGGACGAGAUGGAAAAUGAUGCCUCCAAGUUCAGCAUCCCGUUCAGGACGAUGUUGACGGCAGACGACGUAUGGAACGCGAUUCUCGUCUUAGCCCUCCUUCGUGACCGUCGCCCUCACAAUCGCCCGCUGGCUGUAGCUCACGCGGGUGAAGGCUGGCCCGACUUCGCUGACGCACUCCGAGAGAGGAACGAACGCUUCCAACUGUUUGGUCAGCCAGAGCUUCGUCAUUGUUGCACUGGUUGUAUGUGUUGCCACGAUGGCUACAAUAACGAGGGCCAGCACAUCAGGUGGAAGACGCAGGUCGCAUUGACUGAAUGCGCGCAGGGGGUGGGCAAAGUGAUGACUAUGCGUCCUUGCGGCAUCGUCCUUGGCUGCAGCACGCUCAUACCAGGAGCUGACGACGCCACGAAUGCCAUAAUGCACGUCAAGAACGUUUCAAGCCUCUUCGGGGCUCUAAAACCAGAGUUCUGGAUGUACACUGGACAUGAACAAGCGAGAUCACUGACCGAGGGCGAUGAAUGGUGGGACAGUGUCGACAUCUGUUGCCCGAAUGGCUGUAUGUCGAAUACGUUUUGUGAGCUGCGAACAGAUGACGGUAAGGAUCGUUUCGAGACGCGCGGCACUGGUAUGAAAGUUACCCAGUGGCUGGAUGGCUACCGCGAGAUCAUGGAUGGAAUGUCUGCCGCACGCUGCAACUUCUUCCUCGACGAGAUGGUUCGCUUGCGCAACGCGAACAUGCUGCUCUCUCUUAGAGAAACACAGUGCUAUCCUAGCUACUCUCCUUUGGGGGAUAAAUCCUCUGUCCGAGUUGUUACUGAGGGAGAACUGAUAAUUCCUCCGAGUGGGUUUUCUGGUUAAUCUGAGUACGCUAUAGCUAUCUCUUGUUGUGUUGAACCAACUUGUUAUUCUUUAAAUCUUAUAUCCAAUAUCUUUUGUAUGUAUUAAUACACGUCUUGAUCA